CUUGACUGCUUCUAGAAGAUCGCCAUUGAAUGCUGCGACCAUGGUAUCCAGGGUUUGCACUGCUGCUUGCGUGCUGUUGAGGGCCGCGAUGAUCUUGUCCGCUUGACAAUUGACGAGCGUGAGCAAUGUGCUCAGCAGAACGACGGAGAAGAAGCGCAUGGUGUCUUGUUGCCUGUCCCACACCCAGUACUCUUUUCUGCUCUUGAUGGCCCGGUGCCUCAGUGUACGUGUUGACGGUGGAUAUGCGUUCGGCGAAGUCAAUGCAGCGACCAGCGACACAAGGACUGAUGUAAGAGUCUUCGAGGCCACGGGCAUCAACCUCCGGGCAUCCGCUCAUUUCAGGUCUGCGCUCUGUAUGACACCUCGGUAGCGAUCCAUGAAGGCAGAGCCAGCAUUGCACUUGUCGUCUUCAUGAGCCCAGCUCAGCAUUGUGCGAUCUCAGUGGCGGAGACGCUGAAGCUUUUGACGUACGUGCUCGCCAUCCCAGCCUUGUCCAAUGGCGAACCAGUGACAGGGCUGUUCGCCGAGAUUAUUGAUAGCUCGUACCUGCAGUCGUUCAGGAUACCCGGUCAUCUGAAUUUCCUAUCUUUGGCAAUUCUCAAAGACCUUUGCGGACUCUGGAACACGACAUUGAGAUACCAGAUCAGCUCGAGAUGCGGCGUACCAGCGCAAAGGAGUCAAGAAGUGGCCGACUUCUCAAACCGACCAUCUGACUGCAUCUCCCCCGUCCUGCGCAAAGUCCUGAAAGCUGAAGUGCGACAACCGUUGGCAACCAUUGAUAAUAAAGCUAUUAGAUCUGGCUCUCAUUGCUACUUACCAACGAAUCGCAUCGUUGCUGUUUCGGGAGAUCCUGGUUCGUUUGCAUCAAGGCUGGAUGUGAAACCGCCUCACAGUAACGCUUGCGUAUCUGCUUAUUAUGUCAGGCUGAGGAUCUUCAUCGGUCACUUCCUUGCACUGCUCUCGAUGCUCUACGCUCUCUCCUUCCUUACAAAAUUUAUCUCGCAUUGUAGAGAUCUUACCAAAGCGAAGUACAGAAAGGCCCCUGAAGGAGCUCCACGGCAUUGUCUCUGCGAUCUCUUGAAACAACAGACUAGGCAGCCAUAUGCUUUCUAUCGCGGAGCUUUCGUCAUGUCUGUUUCAAAAGUGUGCACGGUCUGUUGUAAAUAUGUUUGGCACAACCAUCACUCAUCAAAUCACGGAAUGGGUUCCACAGGAGAUAUCAAUCGCGCACAAGCGCAACAUGAGCUUUGCAAAGAAGCAUUUGGAUCGCUCACACUGGACGCAGUCGAUCUCAAGCAGUCCAGCUUGCGAAUCCUUGAUGUUGGGACUGGAGACGGUUUCUGGCUGCACGAGAUUCGUUCGCAAAUGAAAGAUCCCGACAGCGCGGAUCUGGUGGGCAGCGAUACAUCACUCAUACCUUUCGAGCAGCGACCCUUUGACGUUCCAUACAAUAUGCGAUUCUUAUGCCAACAUCCGCUCGAAGAAUGGCCGAAAGAUCUCCAGGGCUAUUUCGAUAUGGUACAUAUCAGAGCCGCAUUGGCCACUAUGGCGGGGUCCUUCGAUGCGGCAGUGGACGUUGUGGCCAGGCUCUUGCUACUUGUGAAGCCAGGCGGCGUCAUCUUACUCAUUGAUCGCUCGUUCGAGCCGGGUGCGAUGGCACCUGCAGCCUCUCCAAGUCAGAAGCUGUUAAAGAUGCUGGGCAACAUGUUUUCAUCCCACGGUAUUGAUGGCACUCUUGGUGGCGAGCUCGCAGUCAUACUGGACUCAGCCAGCAGAAAAGCGGGUAUCGAAGUGAGCGACGUGGGAAAUCGGAAGAGACCUUCGAGGAUCGGAGUCGGGGCAAAGAAUGGCACGGAAGAGCUUGGGUACGCGUGGCUGGAUCAGCUACUUAGUAGUGUCAGCAGGGCAGGAAAACAAGAAGAAGAUCCAAGUUUUAUCUCUGGCGGAAUCAACGAGCUUUUUGCUCAAACCAUGAUGGAAGCAAAGACUGAUGGAUUUGACGUGGACUGGUACGCCGCCUGGGGCAGGCGGAAAGAUCAUACUGAAGGACUUCUCGAAAUGCCGGCGUGA